UCGUAUUCGUCGUGUAUCACAGAAAAAUCAUGUCAGUGUGAGAGAAUUCAUAGCGUUGUAAUUUUCGUUGUUUUUGUAACAAAAUAAAAGUUGGAGAUAAUUUGAAACAACAGUUUUUGGUAAUCAUGGAAGUUAAAGAAUGCAGUGAUUUAACUGAAGAAAAUCAAUUCAUCGUAGACGAUGUGAGCAAAAUCAUCAAAGAAGCAAUCGAGAGUUCUAUUGGAGGGACUGCCUAUCAGCACAACAAAGUCAAUCAAUGGACGUCGGCGGUAGUUGAAUCGUGUUUGGGUCAACUGACGAAGCUACAAAAACCUUAUAAAUAUAUAGUGACUUGCACAAUAAUGCAGAAGAAUGGUGCGGGUUUGCACACAGCUUCCUCAUGCUUCUGGGACAACAACACGGAUGGAUCCUGCACCGUGCGCUGGGAGAACAAGACAAUGUAUUGCAUUGUCUCUGUCUUUGGACUCGGCAUCUAAUUCUUUCCAUUUUCAAAUUUAAAGUCACACAAACCUAGCCGGCGCUAUACAAUUGAAGUUACACUGUUAUUUGAAAACAACAAUCAGAAAUAACUUGCAAUUUGACAUGAACAUUCAAGUAACAAAUAGGUAUCUAUCUAUGUCUGGUACUAGUUUUUGUUGCUAGAAAUUGUAAUACAAAGACAUUAGAAUGAGUAGAAAUUUUACAUACAAAAUCUUUACUCACUCUAUUUUCUUUGUAUAAUAAUUUUUAGCAAUGAAAACUAGUCAAACUAAAACACAGACAAGACAACUAAAACUAGUAUUUAACACAAUACAUACAUAUUAGUACCAGACAUAGAUAUGUGUUAUGUAAGUGUUCAUGCCAAGUUUCAUGUAAUUUAAGGAUGUUUUUAAACGAGAGUGUAACUUCCAUUGUUUGGAGUGAUUUUUAGCGGCGGGUUUGUGUGCCUCUUAAUAGUUAAUGUAGGCCUAGCAAGUCCAUACUUACAAUUAUCAUUAAUUAUGCUUCAAAAAUCUCUACUAAUGUACUCUGUAGAUUAUCAACUUGCUUAGGUAUGGAAGAUGUUUAAAAUUAUUUUAAGUUGUGGUAAAAUUAACAGAAGUAAAGCUUUUUGUUUAGAUCAUACUUUGUAACAAAGUAUUUCCUGUAAAUUAUUAACCAAUGUAGCAUCUGUAAAAGUGUUGCUAUUCCAAUAAAUAAUUGCACUAUAAACAUUUAUUGUGAAUCAUAGAAUUUUUGUCUUUAGUAAAUAUUAAAACAUAAUUUCUAGGUAACUAGGACAUAUUUUCGUACACAAUAAAUACAUUAAAAUCAUUG